AUGGCUUCUCUUACACCAGGGAUACUGCUUAAGCUUCUUCAGAAUGUAGAUAACAAUGAUUUUAAAGUUGCUGGGGAACACCGUUCUGCUCUUCUUCAGGUUAUUAGUAUUGUGCCCUCACUAGAAGAUGAUCCAUGGGAGACCAAGGGAUAUUAUUUGAGAGUUUCAGAUUCAGUACAUUCAGCUUAUGUGUCUGUAUCAGAUGAAGAUGUGGAGUUAAUACUGGGUGACAAGAUCCAACUCGGACAGUUCAUUCACGUUACUCGGCUCGAUACGGGCUCCCCUGUUCCGGUGCUUCGCGGGGUUAAACCAGUCCCUAAGAGGCGGCCCUGCAUUGGAGAUCCUAAGGACUUGAUUGCCAGUGAUUUUCUGAAUGCUAAGAAAGUUGAAGCCAAGGUGAAAACAACAAAGGGAAAGGUAAAGAAAGCUGCAGAGGGUAAAAAUAGAAGGCUUUCUUUAGGAAAUGUGAAGGUUGGGUGUGGGGAAGGUCGAAGACUGAGCUUGGAUUUGACUCGAAAAGGAUGGGAUAACAGUCCUGUUAGUAAAAAUGGUGGUAAAGGCAUAUCGAAGUCUAAAUCUAACAAUUCACAUUCGUUUUCAGAUUCUAUGGUUACUAAGAAGGCUUCUCCCGAGAAGGACUUGAUUCCAAAGCAUUCAAGCAUUUUCCCACUUAAAAGCAAGAACGUGAUUGUUUCUCCAAAGCAUUUAAGCAAGCCUAUAACAAAAAAUCUAAAGUCAUCAGAUAGCGAUAUUCUUCCUAGUAAUAUCAACUGUAAAAUAUUUUCAGAUUCAAAGAACUUGUGGAGUUCACUUUCUCCUACAAUCCGUGACAUUGGAGAGGAAGUUCAAAAUUAUAGGAAUGUCGCAUUUGUAUCUGCAGCUCGUGCACUAGAAGAAGCAUCUGCAUCUGAAGGGAUCAUUCGCUGCAUGAGUAUGUUUGCAGAACUAUGUGACUCGUCUCAGAGGGAUUCUACAGGACAACUUGUAGAGCAGUUUUUGAACCUUCAUGAGAGAAUGAAGAAAGCAGCUAUAGUUAUUAAAGCUCUCUUAAGCAGUAGGGCAUCUGAUGCAAAAGACAGCGAUUACUGUAGUCUGCAAUGUUCACCACUGAAGAUUAGCAACAAUUCUGCAAAUAAUAAUGCCUCGUUGUGGGUACACGCUGCAGUUGGAACUGGUCUUUCCAAAUUCUCUUUAUUUACUGAGGAAGGAGAGAAGUGCACUACAAAUGGUGACAAACAUCACUAUGUCAGAAUGGAAGACACUGCAACGAAAAUUGAUGAGGAAAAUCAUUCACCUAAAAACAAGAAAACCCCAUUAAUCCGUGGGUCAAGUAGAGCAGAUUCAGAGGUGAAAGGAAUGCAAUCUUGUUCAAGGAGCACUUUUUCCAGCACAAAAGUAAAAAGUGUAGGAACGGAAGCUUGGUCACAGGACACAGGAUUAAAAGAUGAUGCUAAUCUAGCAGACAAGUUGUUCUCAUCAUCUCGUAUCUGGUUUUUGAAUUAUUUGGAAGGUUCUUUAAACAACGGAUUUGGACUGAGAACCAAAGGAGAUAGUUCUGAAAUUGCAGGCUUUCUUGGGCAGCUUAGAAGGGUUAAUCAAUGGUUGGAUGAUGCAUUUAAAGAAGGAUGUGGAGAUGAUGAAAGAAUAGAAAGGUUGAAGAAGAAGUUAUACACAUUUCUACUUGAUCAUGUCGAUUCCGCACUUCUUACGGGCCGGUAG